UGACGACCACCCGGAUUCACUAAUGGAAUAAGGGGAAAACCCCAAGAUUUUCACUCAAGUUCGAAAGUUUUUUAUUUGGAAAACUUAAGUAUGGCAGCAGCGUGCCGUUUCACUAAGGGCACCCGUUAAUUUUCACCGAAACAAAUUCCACAGAACAUGCGAUUCUCGUCACUUUACCCACAUCCAAAACAAUUUCAACCCAGUCAUGCGAUUCUCUUGAUCUGCCGUCGAAACCCUAGAUUUUGUUUUUACCCUAUUCGAAUCACAAAAUCCCAAAUCCAGAUUCGAGAACAUAAAUUCAUUCCUCUAUCAAGAGAUUUAACCAUGGAAAGGCUGCGCAUAUGACGGAAAGAUCAUGCAUUUGGGAAGGAACAACUGUUUGCAGAAGGUGAUUAUGAUCAAAUAUUCUCCACUUCUCAAUUUGGGUUCUAGGAUUUGGUGAGAGCCUGUCGUUGGUUAGAUUGUGAUUUCAAACAUAUAUUUGAAUUCUCUCCAAUGGAUAAAACGUGCGAAGAGAUUUUAUCUCCUUCUCGGCCCAAGUGGCGUAAAGUUGCGUAUGGAGGAAUGCAACCUGGGUACGACGACAACUACACAGAUGAAUCGUUCCUCGAAGGUAUGGUCAUGAACGCCAAUGUCGUAAAACGUGACUUGGUUAAAGUUAUGAAAGACUCGAUUUCCAUAUCUCAAUAUCUAUGUAUUGUCUCUCUUGUAGUUUGUGUUUGGACCUAUACACUAGAAUCCAACAUUAGCGAGGCUUCUUUGUUGGUCCUUGACGUGGGUCUCUUAGGAUCAGGAUUUCUAGUUCUUCUCUUAACUGCUAAAAAACUCUCCAUUCGCCUUCUCUGUAAUUAUCUUCUCAACAUUUCCUUCUUCAUUAGCGGAUUAUACAUAUUAGCUCCUAUCUACCACACACUCACCAGGUCAAUCAGUUCUGACUCGAUUUGGGCACUUACGGCUUCACUUCUUGUACUACAUCUCUUCUUGCACGACUACGCAGGAUCCACAAUUAGACCACCAGGGGCACUUACUAAUCCGACAUUGACAAGCAACAUCUCUUUAAAUGCUUCUAUUGUGGCUUCCGUACUAAUUGCCUCUCGUCUUCCAUCAAGACUACAAGUGUUUGCAAUUGUUCUGUUCUCCUUGCAGGUUUUCCUCUUUGCCCCACUCAUCACAUAUUGCAUCAAGAAGUACUCUUUUGUUCUUCACCUGUUGUUCUCAUUUGGCUUAAUGGUAGUCACCUUAGGGUUCGUAUUCACGUUGCACCGUCUGUUAUUUGUACUACUGUUGAGUCUGUUGGUGUUUGUCACAGUUAUUUGUCCAUAUUGGCUUAUAAAAAUUCAGGAAUACAAAUUUGAGAUCAAUGGUCCUUGGGAUGAAGCUAAACUUUGCUUUGAUAUAACUGAGUAACCACCAGCUACUCUCGUCGCCUUUGGAUAGAACUCGGAUAACUGACAUGUAAAUCAGUUCAAGAUAUCUUGUACUCACGUUUCUGUUAAGUUUCUCAUUUGUAAAUUUCUAUCAGGAGAUUGAUUAAAUAUGAAAGAGAAAUGAUAUAAUUAGUUCUAAGAGUUCCAAUAUUCCAUUAUUUUUUCUGUAGCU